AUGAGGAAGCUGGCCGCUGGCUUCCUACUCCCCAUCCUGAAGGCACCCCCACCCCCUGCAGUGCUGCUCCUGAAUCCACUUCCUGUCCGAGCGCAAGAUUCCACUUCGAGCUCCACGCCGGGCAGUCCCCUCUCCCCCACCGAGUAUGAGCACUUCUUCGCCCUGCUAACCCCGACCUGGAAGGCCGAGACCACCUGCCGGCUCCGAGCGACUCACGGCUGCCGGAACCCCACCCUGGUCCAGCUGGACCAGUAUGAAAACCACGGCCUGGUGCCUGAUGGUGCUGUCUGCUCCGACCUCCCCUAUGCCUCAUGGUUUGAGUCCUUCUGCCAAUUUACGCAGUAUCGCUGUUCCAACCACGUCUACUACGCCAAGAGGGUCCGAUGCUCCCAGCCCGUCUCCAUCCUCUCACCGAGCACUCUCAAGGAGAUUGACACGCCCUCUGAACUCCAGUCCACCAAGCCACUCGUAACCUCGCCCGUCUCGUCACAUGCCACAGCCACAGAGCGACCGUCUUUCCAGGCCUGGCCCGAGCGACUGAGCAACAACGUGGAGGAGCUGCUGCAGUCUUCCUUGUCCCUGGGAGGCCAGGAGCAGACGUUGGAGCACAGGCAGGAGCAAGGGCAGGAGCACAGACAGGAGCAAGGCCAAGAGCAUAAGCAGGAGGAGGGGCAGGAACAAGAGGAGCAAGAGGAGGAGCAAGAGGAGGGGGCGAAGCAGGAGGAAGGACAGGGGACACAGGAAGGCCUGGAGACAAUGUCUGAACUACAGACAGACCCAGAGCCAAAGUUUCAGUCCGAAUCUUUGUCUUCCAACCCUUCCUCCUUUACUCCCCGAGUGCGGGAAGUGGAGUCUACCCCUGUGGUGAUGGAGAAUAUCCAGGAGCUCAUUCGUUCAGCCCAGCAAGUGGAUGAAGUGAAUGAAGUCUUUAAUGACGGACCCUGGAGAAAUACCAAACGUGGCAGCCUCCUGCAGCUGCCCCAUGUGGAAGCCAUGCUGGUACUGUGCUAUUCGAUUGUGGAGAGCGCCUGCAUCAUGACCCCCACUGCCAAGGCCUGGCAGUUCAUGGAGGAGGAAAUCCUUGGUUUUGGGAGGCCGGUCUGUGACAAUCUUGGGCGGCGACACACACCUACCUGCGGCCUCUGUGACUUCUGCUCCCUGAAGCUGGAGCAGUGCUAUUCCGAGGCCAACCUGCAGCGGCAGCUGUGUGACAGCUCUCACAAGACCGCCUUCAUCAGCCCCUUGCUCACGUCCCAGACCAUAUCUGUGGGCACGCAGGCAGGGCCCAAACAAGCAGGUCACUUUUAUGGACUGGAUUUGUACGGCGGACUCCGCGUGGACUUCUGGUGUGGCCGGCUCGCCACAAAGGGCUGUGAGGACCCUCGGGUGGCCGGCUGGCUCCAGACGGAGUUCCUCAGCUUCCAGGAUGGGGAUUACCCCACCAAGAUUUGUGACACCGACUUUGUGCAGUAUCCGAAUUACUGUGCCUUCAAAAGCCAACAGUGUCUGAUGAGAAACGAAGACCGGAAGGUGUCUCGUAUGAGGUGCAUGCAGAACGAGACGUACAAUGUGAUGACCCAGGCCAAAAGUGAAGACCUCGUGCUUCGCUGGAGCCAGGAGUUUAGCACCUUCACUCUGGGCCAAGCUGGAUGAGCUGGGCGAGGCCCAUCCUGCCCCCCGACCUCACAGCCCGGCCUUGUCACGUUCUCCAGCACUCCCGAAUGCCAGCUUGUCUCCAGGCGAGCCCACCAACGGCCCCUGUGUCCACGACUUCCUGGGGUUGGGUCAGCAGUGCUGGAGGGACUCAUCAUGGCGCUCCAA